AUGGAGUUGUUCGUCUUUAUUGCUUUUCAGCUCCUUAUGGAGGUUCAGUCCUACAAUUCACUUCUGAAACCCUUCAUCACUGUUAGUGACGACCAGCUCUUCAUAUCGUGUGAAAUACCACUUUCAGUCAGAACUGAUUUCAUCUGUAGUCUCUACACUGAGGAUGAUGUUCUUCUGUAUCAACGUGUCUCUCUGUGGAGUCAGUCUGGAAAGAAUCUUUGUAUGUUUUAUGUAAAUUGUAGUGAACUCUUCACACGAUCAGUGAACAGCAGACAACUGAUCUGUGUUUAUUCACGCAAGACUGAACCUGAGAUCAGAUCACCACACAGUGACACAUACACCUUCAGAGACACAAUCACCGUCAGAGACACAAUCACUUCACUCAGAGUCUCAACGGUGACCUCUGCUGGUAAAACUUUGACAACUGCCACAAAAACAACUUCAACCUCUACCGAUGAAACUUUGACAACUGCCACAAAAACGUCUGUUUUCACAGCAGCCUCUACUCUGCCUGAUUCCACCAGAGAGACAGAAACAUCUGUUCCUCACACUGUUCACACUCACUCUGAAGGCUCAUGGCUUUCAGUAGUGCUGUUUUCACAGUUAUUGGUUUAUUUCUGUCUGGACUCAUAGGAUUCAUCUGUCUGUGCCGCUCUACCAGUUCUGCUGAUGUUCUCACAGAGCUGAACUACACCUCCUGCCAGAUAGAAACAUCAGCUCUUUUAACCUCCUCUGUCUGCCCCUCAAAACAUGGAUGACCUGUUUACUUUCUUUUCCUUUCGCUAAAGUAUUAAAUCUUAAAUCUAAUUUAGUCUAUAUGUAUAUACUUCUUUAUUCAACUAUUGUAACACACAUUGCUUUGAACAUACAGAUGAAUUGUAACAACAAAGUUGACAGUUGAACUGCAACAGUUUCAGAAAAUGAUCAUAGUGUCCUACUGGUUUUGUCUGUUUUUUUUUUUGUUUUUUUUACUUUAAGAUCAAUGACCAUCUGAACUGCUUGCUUUUGUCUGCAUGCUUUUAUGCAGUUGCUUCCAUAUAAUUAUCGGAUUAGAUUUUUGCAUUAAGAAGCAAAAGUGUACCUGAUAAAGGCACCACUGUGUCCAGC